GCGGGCACCGCACACACUGGCGUUCGCUCAGUCCUCUUGCAUCGGCCAACGGUACUGAACGUGCGCCGGCGCACAGCUGCGACGCACCAAAUAAACAAACCCAAAGAAACUUGCAAGUGUGUACAAUGCAAACUCGUUUUGACGCUUCGGCGGGGUGAACUUACAGACUUAGUGAUCUAGAAUAAUUUAAGGAUUGAGUGCAGUGUUUAUUAAAACGCCAAGAUGCCGAAGAUCUUCCUUAUCAAGAAGCGGAUGCAUGACCAGCAACUGGGGUUGCAGGAAGGUCAGGAGCUGCUCGCGAGUAAGGCGGACUCGCUAUGUCCCGGCUCGCCGCUCGAUGACGGCCCCAUCGCUCUCCUCUCCAAAAAGGACAACUAUUGCGGUGAUCGUGAUGUUUUCGGGGAAAGAUCUAUCGAGCGCGGCAAUAAAGAACCAAGAAAAUUUGUUUCAUCUAUUUUGGGCGGUGACAUCCCAUACGGAAGCCACAGGGGUCACGUUCUCACACAAGCAGAACGAAAACAAUAUACACCAGUCCUUGUAGAAGACAAGAAAAAAGAUGACAAACCUUUAAUUAAAGAGGAAAAGGAUCCAUUAGAAAGCCAACACGUUGUGCUCCCUUCCAGAAGCUCACCUUCUCCAGAAACUUCACCAUCUCCCAGUAUUGAUAACAAUAUCACAUGUCAAAAAGUAUCAGUAAUACAAAGAACACCCUCACAGUCUCAAUUCCGCGAUGGCAAAAAAGAUUUGAUAGAUGUCAGCAUUCCAGCGACACUUCCAACAACAGAACCAGAACAGGACCAACCUAUUGAUUACGUUAUUGCGAAAAAGCGGGGUGAAUCGGAAGAUGAAGAAACAGAAAAGAAAAUAAGAGAGCAAAGACGAACGAGCAGUUCUAAAAUUGCAAACGGAAUUUUAGCGAGACCUACAUUAGUGUUAAGAAACUGCCCAGCCAACAAAAUCCCCGGAAUAAUUAGUGCUGCUGCAGGUCAUGGUCGAUCCACUAGUGGCGGCGGAUCUAACGGUGGAUCUCAAAAUAGCGGUGGUUCAGCUAAUUUCAGUUCAGGUGGGGGCAGUACUGCUCCUUCAUCGGGCGGAGGUGGCGCUAUUGGCGGUGGCUCGGGAAGUGGUGGGAACGGCCGCGAUGGACGAUCAAACUAUGGCCCAAACAGUCCGCCGACUGGUAGCCUGCCACCGUUUUAUGAAACUCUGGGUCCGUCCACGAAGAGCGGCCAGAACUCUUAUAACGCUAAUGGUUCCUUCUCAAAUGAAUUUAAUAUGAUUAAUGGCUUUAACAUGGACUGUGAAAGUAAUGAGAACACAACAAACUUCCCCGAACAAAGUAAACAGUAUUCAUUAAUGCAAAAUGCAAAUUACGGCCUAGCUUUAAAAGAUGAAGAUAUCGAUUAUGAGAACAAAAUGGAGAAUUUGGGUGCGAUGGGAAACUAUGGAAGUAAUUUUGAUGACUCUAUGGUAGUUGAUAUGGGAGACGACGUCAUAGAUACGUACCACUUUACUAACACACUAACGUUUCCCGGAUCAAACGAAGGUAUUUUGGGCAACUUGUCUGAUUCGACAGAAGAUUUUGAAAACCUGCUAAAUAAUCAUGUAGAACCCAUCACUGACUCUGAUCUGCGAGAAUCAUCAUCAAUCUCACCAGCAUCUGUAGACAUUGAAUCAUUAGCAGAACAAGUAACGUUAAGUAGACAGUAUUAUGAAAAAGCCAAUAACUAUUUGGCGUUCGCUAGCCAAGAAGCGGGAUCCUCAUACAACUUCGCUAAAGAUCGACCGGAUUUAUUAAUGCAACUGAACCCAGCACUUCUUCAACACAGCGAAGGACAAAUGCAACAACUGCAAAUUCACGUUCAACUGCAACAGAGACAACAGAUCAUGUCAUCACCCGGCUUCCCGUUCAGUCACCCGCUGGAGCUGGACUCGCCCACGGGCGUCUCGCUGCCAUCGCCCGGCGGCAACAACUCGCUGGACGGCAGCAGCCACGUGGAGAGCUCCGCUCUCAGCCCCGCCGCAGCUGUAAGUCUCAAGAAAGGCUCUGGCGCCGAUAGCAAAGUCCAAAUUUUGCAACACAGGUUGGGAUUACCGGCGGAGCUCCCGUUGGAGUUCAUCAACGGAGGUCACGGUGUGAAAAACCCUUUGGCCACAGAAGCCAACGCCAGACAACGAGAAGAGGAGAAAAACAAACAAGUAUUAGUCAGUGAGGACGACCCAACUAAGUUUGUGUGCAGAGUUUGCUCAAAGAACUUCAGCUUACAGAGGCUUUUGAAUCGACAUAUGAAAUGCCACUCCGAUGUUAAGAGAUAUCUAUGUACGUUCUGUGGCAAAGGCUUUAACGACACCUUUGAUCUGAAACGCCACACAAGGACACACACAGGCGUCAGACCUUACAAGUGCAAUCUCUGCGAGAAAUCGUUUACCCAAAGAUGCUCACUAGAAUCUCAUUGCUUGAAGGUGCACGGAGUUCAACACACAUAUGCGUACAAGGAGCGAAGAACUAAGAUGUACGUGUGCGAGGAGUGCGGCCACACCACCUCGGAGCCGGAGGAGCACUACAUGCACCUCAAGAAGCAGCACCCCUACUCCCCGGCGCUCCUCAAGUUCUACGACAAAAGGCACUUUAAGUUCACGAAUGCUACUUUCGCCAACCAACUCUUAGGACAGCUACCAAUGCCAGUCCAUAAUUAAAUUAAUGCGCGCAUUUGCACGCUAAUUAUUCAAAUAACAUCUUUAUCCGCCUGUAGCAAAUGGCAAUAAAACAUCGUGUUCUAAUAACUAUACCAUUCGAGUUAUAAAUAUGCAUGACUGAAAGGUAUCUUUACGAAUUUAUUCCGUCCCUAAUUAGCUAAAUUCUAUUUUGUUUGUAUACAAUGGAAAUCCCAGUGUUUGUAUAGCUCAAUUGACUUUUUUUUAUGUGAAAGGACAACAUACAUGCAGACGGGUCGCCUGGUGGGAAGCAGUCUCCGUCGCAUAUAGGGACUGCGCUCCAGGGAGACACCGAUGCGUUGCCGAACGUGUUGUUCUUACUUACAUCUUUCUCUAACCUAAUUAUUUGAACUUUGUUCGUCCUAAGCGUACAGACUAACCUAAAUCAAUCGUCUUCCAACCGCAGUUUCACGACUGUGUUUUCUGUAUUCUUUCUUACCGGGAAACAAUAUUCAAAAUCUGUUCCCAAAAAAUACCUAAAUUUUUAACAGUCAAAGAGAACGCCAAUAGCCCAGGCAUGACUGCAAUUAAAAAAUUUAAGUAUCGGGUAUUAUGUGCAAUCUUUGGUGAUGGUACGGGAUUAGAUUAACUUUUACGUGUAAUUUAGUUUAAAUCGUAGUAUAACUUUAGUCAUUUACGAAUUUUUAUAUGAAAAAUUGUUAGUAAUCUUCAUAUCAAAUCAGCCGUGAUUGCAAAGAGAAGUAUAUUGUAUGGUGCUAAUGCAAAUGCAACGCUGACUUGAAAUGAAGCAGGUAUGAACCGGAUGACACUUCUUGUCCGAUUCAUUUGGAACGUUGAAAAUCAGAAUGGUUUUUGAUGAAUUAAUUCCACAAUAAGGAAUCUCUUUCCUCGUUUUAGUGAUACUAGCUCCUAAUUGUCUUUGAAAACAUUAACACAAAUUAUGUCACAAGUUUUACGAGUAUGUACCUAUAAAGUGUUAUGUUUGUCCUUUGUACUUAUUAUUGAAAUCGGAAUUUUUUGAUUCGAAAGUGACUUCCCGUGCGAAGCACAAAAUGUCGUACCAAGUUUAAUUGCAUUUCUAGAAAAUAUUUAUAUUAUUUAAAUUAAAAUAUUGAUUGGUUACAGUCUGUGCUGUGAGCCUGUGUGUGUGCGAGAGUUUAUCUAUUGUGAUUGUGUAACUGAGUUAUUUAAUGUGUCGAUUGUUAUAUUGUUAAGGUCAAGUCGUUAUAUCGAAAAUUCGACGGAGCGCUUCCGACUUAAAGAUUACGAUGCUCAAUUGAUACAUUUGCGCUUUCACAGCGAAGCUUGUGGGACCAAGUUUGUAAAUAUGUCUAAAUUUAUAAAUAUUAGUUACAAAAUUAAAGGAUAAAGUACUUAAUAUCUAAUACCUAAUUAGACUAGACUGAGAUUUUUAAAUGAUAAUGAAAUUUAUAGUAUUUUGAACAAUUUUGUAGUUUUUGAUAGAUCAGAAUUUGACAUUGGCUUAUCAAUAAUUAGAAAUGAAUGCAUGUUUGUGAUAGCGCAAUGCCUCUGUUAUACUUGUCUGUUGCAUUUACUAGCAUUUUUAAUUGAAUAUCAACGUGUUGUUUCUUAUUUCAAGGAACAUACUCUUUGUUACUCUAUAUUGAUAAGCAAUAUAUAAAGAUUAAAUACUGA